AAAAGAAGUUGUCGUAUCCUGAUAGGUAUUAGCUCUCAAAAUGAAAGUAUUCAUUGGCUUGCUUCUAGUGGCGGCUGUCGCUUCGCAGUCAGCUAUAUUCGAAUCUGUAGGAAAAGAAUGUGCUAAAAAACUGGGAAUUACCGAAGAUUACUUUGAGAACUUCCCCCACAGCAGUCGCGUAAAGUGCUUUUACCAUUGUCAGAUGGAAAAACUUGAAAUAAUUGCCAAUGGUGUGGUGACUAGCUUUGAUCCGCACGUGCUCAAUAUAACACCGGAGAACUAUAAUAAGUAUGGCAUAAAGGUGAAGCCCUGCCUCACACUUACCCAUCCCAACAAAUGCGAGCUCGGUUACAUAGUGUUCCAGUGCUUGAAACGUGAAUUUAAUUUGUAAAAUAAUAUCUUUACAUGUUUUUAAUAAAUUUUUCUUAUUUCGAAGUGA